AAAGCGCUCUCAAACUGGAUUAUUUCUGCAGUGUGUUUUGGGCCCUUGUCUCAGAGGCACUACAAGAUCGCUUUGCGUACUGUUUUUCCAGACUUACGCAGCUAUGCCUUUGAAUUCUGUUGUGACUGAGAAUAAGGCUGUGGUUAUAUAAAACCAAACAAGUUGUUAUGGAAGCAAGUGAGAGUGUAUAUGGUGGUAUCUGAAAGUUGUCGGGUCAAAGGGCCUGAUGGGUGUGGCGUGCUAAAAGGGACCUACGCUGGGUAGUGAGUGAAGAGGGCUGAUGGGGAAAGCACGGUCCUUCUCUUGGGUUACUGAACACCAGGAGGAGAGUUAUAUAUCUGCACAGACCUGAAGAAUGCCGUAAGUCAUGGGCUCCCGCAGCAGUAGCAACGCUGGCUCGGGCGGCCGAGAUAACCAGGGCAGCUGGUCGCAGAGGGACUCGGGGAGUCUGCGCAGUGAAGAAGAGGACGACGAGGAUGUGGAUCUGGCCCAGGUACUGGCAUAUCUACUGCGCAGAGGACAGUUUCACCUGAUGCAAGGUGGUGGAGCAGCCAGUGUCCGGGUGUUCCAGACCCUCUCCGACUCGGACGACGACAAUGAUAAUGCUUGGGAAGGGAGGCUAGGAGAUCAGUACAAACCCACAGUGGAUCUGAGGCCAGACACCCGGGACCUUCAGUGCAACGAGAUCAAAACACGCAUCCAGUUGGCAACAGGCAGGCUGGGUUCAGGGCGAGCCGAGUGUAGUAUCCCCAGACUUCUUUGCCAGAGAGAGCGUGGCCUUUGUCAUAACAGCAGUUUCUCUCCUGGAGAAUGCUCGCGGGUGGUGUCACAUUUUCUCCCAAAUAACUUGGCCUUUACAGACUCCUAUUCUCAAAAGGCUUUCUGUGGGAUCUAUUCUCGUGAUGGACGACUAUUUAUGUCUGCUUGUCAAGAUCAGAGAAUCCGCUUAUAUGACUGCACCUAUGGGGCAUUCCGGAAGUUCCGGAGCAUCAAAGCACGAGAUGUCGGUUGGAGUGUCCUGGAUGUAGCCUUCACUCCCGAUGGGGCCCAUUUCCUUUACUCCAGCUGGUCAGACUACAUUCACAUUUGCAACAUUUAUGGUGAGAGUGAUACCCACACAGCUCUGGAUCUUAGGCCUGAGGAGCGCCGCUUUGCUGUCUUUUCCCUUGCAGUCUCCUCAGAUGGAAGAGAAGUGCUUGGCGGGGCCAACUACGGCUGCGUCUAUGUGUUUGACAUGGAACAGAAUAAACGGACGCUCAAGAUUGAGUCCCAUGAAGAUGAUGUGAAUGCUGUGGCCUUUGCUGACAACAGUUCCCACAUCUUGUUCUCUGGGGGUGAUGAUGCCAUUUGCAAAGUGUGGGACCGGCGCACCAUGAGGGAAGAUGACCCUCGGCCAGUGGGGAUUCUGGCUGGCCACCAGGACGGCAUCACCUUCAUAGAUAGCAAAGGUGAUGCCCGGUAUCUCAUCUCAAACUCGAAAGACCAGACCAUUAAGCUAUGGGACAUGCGGAGGUUCUCGGGCAAUGAGGGGCUUGAAGCAUCCCGCCAAGCCGUCACCCAGCAAAACUGGGAUUAUCGUUGGCAGCAGGUUCCCAAAAAAGCACGGCGAAAGUCAAAACUUCCUGGGGACACCUCCCUCAUGACCUACCGGGGCCACGGAGUGCUUCACACACUUAUCCGCUGUCGUUUCUCACCACCUCAUAGUACCGGCCAGCAAUACAUCUAUAGUGGCUGCUCCACUGGCAAGGUUGUGGUGUAUGACCUCCUAAGUGGCCAUAUUGUGAAGAAGCUAACCAAUCACAAGGCUUGUGUCCGCGAUGUCAGCUGGCAUCCCUACGAAGAGAAAAUUGUCAGCAGCUCGUGGGAUGGGAACAUACGACUCUGGGAGUACCACCAAACAGAAUACGAUGAAGAUGACCUCGGGGACCCCCAGCAGCUCCCCAGCACCAGAGAGUUGCGAUCCAGAUCCUCAGGAACCGCUGAGAAGUAGCAUUUACCCGCUGCUUACCACCAUUCUCCAAUUUUGGACUUGCUAUGAGGAGGGGGGAGGGGGGGAGAAUAAUCUACCUUGUGAUGCCUGUGGCCUUGGAACAUACUGGAGGGCCGGAAGGGGUGACGUCAUAUGCACCCUCAGACUAUAACUCUUUUGUCACUGAAAAUUUUAAAGUUAUGGGCUGAGGGAAGUGGAUGUCAUCAGUAGCUCUUCAGGACAGAGUCAGAAAGUCGACAGCUGCAAGCAGGGGGACUUAGAUUUGAGGAAGAAUUAAGCAAAACUUUGUGUAUUGUUAUUUCUUGGGGAGGGGGGAUCAUUACGAUUGAACUUUGCAAUCCUAUAAUCCUUCCUGGUCUGCAAGUUUUUUUGCAAUGGGGAAUGAAAAAUCAUGAACAGAAAGGAAGCCUAACUGCCCCACCUAUUUUGGGUCGUUGUGGGUUCCAGGGAACAAGAGGGUAUGUGUCUUCCUCCAUCCCUAACCUGCUAGUCCUGGGCUGUGAUACGUGCCAGACUGACAGGUCUUGCAUGGAAGGUAAAAAAGAGGGUGUGGGUCCCUUAAUUCUUUUCCAAAUUUCAUUUUAAGAACUAGAUUGGUUUAGGGAGGCACUGGGAGAAAUGGAAUGAGCAACCCUUAACUCCCUUCUACUUCAAUGGGUGCAGUUUCCUGUCUGGGGCUAAGUCAGUGAGAUAAGUUCUUUAUCAACUACCUUUCCACUGUGGCUGCUUGUAGCCAUGGGAUGCUUCUGUGGGAAUGGAGUGUCUUCUCCAAGAGUGGGUCCUUACUCACCUAGGGAGGAUUAUUCCUUGCGUAAGGAAUAAUAAGACACUAUCUUUCUGCAAGGGUAGGGAGGGAUGCACACGUAGCUCAUCUCUCACUUGUAGAUAUUUUUAUCUUCUGGGGAUAGCUCUGCAACUGAGGAUGGUGGGAGAAGAAGACAGAAAUAGGUUGCAGCAGGAGGGACAAUUAGAUUAAAGGACAAUUAGGUCUUCGCAUGUAAUGUAUGCCCAGCUUUUCCUCCUUAUCCCUCUGACUGUUUCUGCUCUGUCACUUCCUCCUAUGUCCUUGACAUACUGCCACCUCCAAAUCUGCCCAGUCCACUUUCUCUAGUAAUCCUCUUCAAGGAAUCCCUCUCUUCCUUUUCAUCCUUCUCAAGUGUGAGGUCUCUUGCACCGGGUGGCCAUGAGAAUCACCUGGCCAUGCACCCCUUCCCUAGCUGGCUGAAGAUGAUCUGUGUCCCCAUUUGCGGGGGAGGGGGGCAUAGGAGGCUCCUGGAUUUCUGAGGUUUUCCAGCUGGAUUUAUUACACCGGUUGCCCCAUCACUGCUGUGGAUAUAAAGGGGAUGGGGAGUGCUGCUGCACAAUGCCCCUGCUAACUGAGGUUUUCCUUAAAACAUAAAAUAGGCUGUUUCUAGUUUUGGGUAGAUGGGGAGGGGAAAUCCUAGCUUAGAGUCUCCAUUUGCAGGUGGAGCUAUCUUUCUGACCCCUUUAAAAAGAGGGGGCUGCUGGUACAAGAUGUAAUGGAGGCGAGUGUCCCCUUUCAUGGGGUUUUGCACACUUCUUUAUAUCUGCAAACUGCUGUCAGUGUCAAAUAAAAGUUGCUGAAAUUUUCUCUGCA